AUGACUCUACGGUCUUUUCGACGUCUAGUCAGCAUCUUGUUCGUGCUUUUUCUGUCAUGCCCUUCGUUUUUGGCUGCUGGACCCGUACGGAGAAGACGACGCACCACGAGCACACGAAGAAGAACGAACCAGUACGAGUUUGUACUUCAGCCUGGUCGUGUCUCCAAUGACGAGCCCAAAAUCGACAGCAACAAGGACAACAGUGAUCAGAAUGAAGAUGAAAGCGGCUUCUGGGACAAGUACGUCAACGGCAUCGUCUCGAGCAGCAUUGUUCCCACGCCUCCCCCCACACCGUCACCUACAAAGGCUCCAACCCCAGUACCCACAAAAGCUCCAACUGUAGCACCAACUAUUGCGCCUUCCUCAACUCCAUCCGACGUACCGUCCGACGUCCCAUCCGAUGUCCCAUCCGACGUUCCCUCCGAGGCACCGUCAUCAGCACCCACAGGAGUUUGCUUCGUAGAGGUCGAUAUCAGCUGCACAGGACCGGACGGGCUCGAUUGUACCAGAAUCAAAUCUCCUGGAGGGCCCUCGUGCACGGUGAACGGACCGCCCCGAACACUGCGCUUCGAGCUAUUGCCGUACACAAACUGCCAAGAUGGCAUCAAUUCACAGCAACAGCAAUCACAAGGCGAUGCUGUCUGCAAGGACUUGUCGUCAACAACGCCAAACUUUGAAAGCGUCGAUGUUUCGUGUUUUUCCAGUGUGGAUGGAACUUGGGAUGCCUUUCAACAAAACGUACGAACUGGGGACAGUUUUGCCAUCAACGCCAACCGCGGAGAGUCGCUACCAGAUGAAAUCACAUGUCUCUUUGCAUCUUCUGGAAAGUCCAAUCCGGAACAAUCCAUUACGAUGGACUUGUCGGGAGAUCAGGAUCUCUUUUUGCAAGAUACAUUUGGCAGCGUCCAGCUCGAAGCCUGUGAUGAGUACGAUUGCAUGAUCCCCGUAACUUACGAAUACACGGUCGUCAAUUCGGGAGCUACCGACGCCACAGUGACAGUGUUUGAACGGGAACGAGAAGGAGAGGAAACCUUGGAUCUGAUGCCAGGUUUGGAUCCUUCGGUUAUCGAAUCGGGAGAGACAGGGUCUUCCCUGGAAACCGAGUUGGUCAACUACUGCCAGGAUUCUGUCGCGGUUACGACCGUCUCGAUCGUGGCAGAACCACCCAAGGGAGAACCAUGUCCCGCCACUGCCUCGUAUCAGUUUGAAACGCAAGUAGGCUGUCGGGUUGACGUGGACAUUGCGUGUACUAACGAAAUGGGCACCGAGUGUCGUGAGAUUGAAACCCCUGAUGGAACUUGCGGCGGAGACGGACGACCCGUCGAAGUAUUGCGAUUCACCUAUCAACCAAGCACCUGUGAAGAAAGUAGACCCACGCACAGUCAGCCCGAUGCGUUGUGUCGGGACUUGGUACCGCUUCCUCAGGACGGUAGUCCAGUCUCGAUUGACUGUGUGGAUGCAUCGGAUGGUGGUGCUACUCUUGUCGUUGAAGAGGGAGAGGCUGCAACGCCCGGUGGCAUGAUUAUGAUUAUGAGUCCAAGUGUGGAGGCACUGCCUGCGCAGGUUCGCUGUCAAAUUAGCAAUGGAUCGACUGUUUACCAGGAAUUCACCUUUUUCACCACCAAUGGUAGCGAAGGGGUGCCACUCAAGACCAAGGACCAGUUCGGUAGUCUGCAGCUGGAAGCUUGUACGGAUAGUAACGGUCUGGGGCCUGACUGUAUUCAGAUUGUCGAAUACGUCUACGAGAUCAACAAUGUUGGCCAAAACGACAUGGAUCUCACAGAUUUGGAACGAACGCGAAACAACGAAACUGUUUCUCUGGUCAGCCUCCUCGAAGUCACCAACCUCAAGCCCGGCGAGUCUACCAGGGUAUUUGAAAGUGACGUUGUCGACGUGUGUGAGCAAGAAGCAUUCGAGACGCAGGUUCUGGUGAAUGCUGAUCCCGAGAAUGGACUUGUGUGCUUCGACCAAGACGAGUACACAUUCGAGGUCAAUCCACCGUGUGCUCUCUUUGUGGAAAUGAUAUGUCUCGUGGACGGCCUCGAUUGUGCAUCCACGUUGCAGGGCGAGCAGCUAGUUGAAUGUCAAUGUGCAGAGGGUUGUACCACACAACUGAUCUACCGAUACACUGGAAGUAUGUGCGGCGAGAACGCUGACGCUGACGAGUGUGCGGAUCAACUAGCGAACCCGGAAACAGCAAACAUUGUCUUUCAAAGUGACGGCGAGACUUACUUUGAAGGUACAGUCAAAACCGGAGAGGAUGUCGUGAUUUCAACUACCAGCCCUGGAGAAUGUUUGCCAGAAGAAUUUGAGGUUGCAGUUUCGGACGGCGAGGAUGUGGCACAAGUGUUACAGCUUGACUCGUCUUGCGCAGAUGGCCGCAUCACCUUACUGGAAACUGUCGGAGCUUUUGAGUUUGCUGGCUAUACUUGUGAAGAAGGAAUUCCACACAACUGUUAUGCAGAUGUCGAAUUUUCAGUGAUGAUAACAGGUGUCGGAACAGUUGGACAGGACAUAUCAACUUUGGAGAUAAUCAUCGAUGAUGAAACCGUUCCAACAAGUGUGACUCUUCCUUCUUCCCUUGGUGCUCAGGAAACCUACACAGAACAAACAGAAAUGGAAGUUGAGCUCACCAAGCGCAUCACCAAGUUCUGCACCUAG